AUGUCCUCUGCCGAGUUUGUGCGCAACGUGGAUGCGCGCACAACCAUCUACCGCUGGGAAGCUUCGGGGCUGGACGAGUUGAACCGCCAGAACAAGCUUUCCUCCCUCCCCUUCUGGAUCCCGAACUCCACGACGCGACAUCAUCAGUUUAGGGUCGUGCUGCUGCGCGGGUUGGUGCAGGCUGCGACCCCCGCCAGCGACCCUUUCGGCGUACUCGUCGAGCUUAUCGCGCCCCCGCCCCCGCCGGUGGGGACGGCGAACGUGUCGGCGGCAUCGGCAGCAGUGCCGUCUUCCUCGUCCUCCGGCGACUUCCCAGGCGGCUGCGCUGUGACGUGCGAGUUGCUCCCCAUUGACUCGGCGACUCCAGCGGCGGAAGAGGAAAAGCAGCGCAGGCACGACAACGGCACUGAUGCGGCGCAGAGAAAGGUGAUCUCGUCCACCAAGAUGGCGGUGCUGGACGCGAACAACGCGCAGGUGAGCUUCCCGGACUUCAUUCCGGCAGACGUGCUACACAACACGCGCUACGUCAGGGGGGCACCGAAGUCCUUCACGCUGCAGAUCACCAUCGAGACGGGCAUCAGCGUUCCGCUGCACCAGGCUGCCACGACCGCCUUCUCAUUCUUUUCCUCCCUGACGACGUCGGUGGGUCACUUGCUCGGCAGUACCGCGCAGCUCUACCACGAGGGGCGAGAGAGCAUCAACAGCACGAUUCUCGCGCCCGCCGCGUCGGCGCUGGCGCACUCCUCCGAGCUUUGGAACGGCACCCCGUCCUCGCCGUCUGCGACUGCUGCCUACGCCGCGACGCCGCCAAUGAAGACUGCUGCUUCGACUGCAGCUACUCUGCCGCCGUGGGAGCAGCCGCCGGAGGAGUGGCGUGACCGCGCCGCUGAGUGGCACACUCUUGUGAGCGCGCGGUUGCCUGGGCUGGACGGUACGUACCGACACGGGGUGGAGAAGACGCUCGCGCCGGACGAGGUGGGGCUGCUGGCGGAGGUCGGCCUUGCGGAGGCGGACUUGUGGGCGCUUUACAGCCUGUUCGACUUUGACCGCGAUGUCCAAGAGGGCCUUCUCGCCUCUGCCGAGGUGCGAGCGCAUCGCUAUCACCUGGUGCCGGCCCGCCUCAAGGAGGCAACCUUCUGGGCCAACUACUUCUGGAAGGUGCACUGCGUCGGCCAGUGCGUGACGGAGCGGCAGGUGGCGGCGGUGCUGGUGGCACUGUGCAUGCCUUCACGGUCUGUUCACACAGACCUCUCCACCCCUGUAGAGAUGCUGCGGCACAUCCUCGAUGGCGAGGAGGCAGCCGCUGUCGUGGAGGACUUCGUCCAGCGCGGCGAGGCAGCCGAGCCGUGGUGCACCGUGGCCGCAGGGACAGCGCGCCACUGCAGGAACGUGCUAGAUGCUGCGUCAAAACGCGCCGAGCUCGCACCCAACACACGCAAGCAGGUUGGGCCGACCCUCUCUCGCUUGGAGAAGGUGUUGUCGUGGUACAGCGAUGCGCUGAACGGGCCCACAGAUCCACCCGCUCUGUCCGCCGCCGCCGCUGCUGCUACUGCUACUGUGACAGCCGUGGCGGUUACGAAUGUUGCCGCGGCUGCUUCACCGGCGCCACUACAGACGGAGGAGGCGCAAACCCCGCCGAAGCAGCAGCAGCAGGAGCGAAAACCAUCUCCCACAGCCUCCCCGACCGCCGCUGUGCCCCCUGCGGUGGAGCGGGUAACAUCGUCGCCCCGCGACGGCUUGCGGAGCGUCAGCCAAGUCGCGUUUGUGGCAAUGCCCUGGGAGGAGGAGGAGGACGUGUAG